CCCCCUCCUUCCCCUGCUCCCCUUCCUUUCCUUUCCUCCCUGGGCUUCCUUCACCUUCCAGUACAGGAAGCCAACCAGAUGGAAUAUAACACCAGCUACCUCCACCAUAACAUUUUCAACACCUCCUGGACAAGUUCCUCAUGAGCCAUCAGACUAGAGCUCUGCACUUGUUUAGUGAAGGGCCCUGGCACUCAGCCCAGCACCCUCAACUGUGUCAUCUCAUGGCCAAGCCCUGGACAUCCCUCCCGGAAGAGAUUCUGACCCACAUCUUCCUCUAUUUGUCUGUGCGGGAUCGGCACGCAGCCUUUCAGGUAUGCCGGCCAUGGGCCACGGCCGUCUCAGCCAGUUCCGUGUGGCGGACCACAGAGAUCAGGUGUGAGGGAGAGGACGAGGCUGAGCAGGACAUGCUGCACUGCUUGAAGCACUUCCUCGGCCAAAUCCGCCAGCUGAGGAUCGUGUUUGACCAGUCCAAGGAGCCCAACCGACGCACCGUCGCUGAGAUCCUGGCCGCGCUGGCCCGGGAGAAUAGCCAGCUGCAGGCUCUGAGCAUCGUGUGCUGCGGUGAGAAUCCCCUCUUCUACUCCGGCCGAGACUUCCUGCAGGCUCUGCGGGGCCUCUGCCUCGGUCCAGUCCCCCGCGACCUCCGCCACGUUGACCUGCGUUCCAUGCCUUUCACCCUGGAUGCGGGCCUGGUCACGCUGCUUGCCCGCAGCAGCCCGAAUCUGAGCAGCCUGUUCAUCAACAACCGCACCCUGGUGUGCAAUGUGGGGCCAGAGACGGUUCAGGAGGCUCUAGCCACCUGCCCCCGGCUGGCCACUCUGGGCCUCCACUACGUCAGCCUCUCGAGUGCCGUCUUUGCCGAGCUGCUGCAGCCUGCUCGUGCCCCCUUGGCCCGCCUGGACGUGCUCUGUGGGCGGCUGGACAAGUACACCCACGUGUUGACUGAGGAGCAGUGGGGCGCCCUGGCGCAGCGGCACCCAGGGCUGCGGGUGGACCUGGAGUUUGAUCACACAGUGCCGAUGAGCCGCAUCCCCCAGAUCCUCCAGCCCAGCAUCCCUCUGGCCGUGCUGCAGCUCAACACCUUCACCUACCUGGUGGACCAGGUCCAUUUUGCCAGCCGCAGCUACAGCCAGACGCUGCGCACCCUGGUGCUGCGCACCACGCCAUCAGGCGCCCUGGAUGCGGCCUUGAUGGAGUUGGCCCGGCGUUGCCAGGACCUCGGGGAGGUGCACUGCUACUGCGUGGUGAGCCCCAGGGUGGUGCAGGCCUUCUGUACCCACUGCCCACGGCUCCGCCAGUACACCCUCAAGGUCACCCGCGAGCCCCACCCUUGGCGACCCACUACUGUCCCGCUCCCACCCUGGAAGGAGGACACUGUGGGUGGGGCGAGUGUUUGGGGCCGGGGGGAGCACUAAGGCCCCGUGGGUGGGGCGGGGAUGCCAGCAGUUCAGCUCCCUCCCCUUUAAGGUCAGGCAACCUCAGAGGAGAUGGGGCAGGGAGCACUGCCCACCUCAUGGCUGCCCCUGAUGAUAUCGGACCAGAAAAUACCAAUCCCCAAAUAUCCCGCUUCUAGAAGCUCCACCAGAGUGCCUGGCAUCCCACGAAUUUUUCUGAGCCUAGACCACUCCCUUGUAUCCUCUCCUGGCCUCUGCUGUGUUUAUCUAUCGACCAGGUUCCAGAGAUAAAUAAAAUAGGUGUCAACUGUU